GUCAGUCGCUCGUGAGCCUUUGCUCCGGCCGAGUCGCCAGCACCGUUGCGCUUGUCAUUUUUCCGUCGUGUCGAGUGGAUUUGUGUACCGUUUCGAGACUUUUUGUUAGCCGAAAAAAACAAAACAAUCAAUGUUACUGGAAGGCUCCAGGUCUUGCGUGUGUUUGGUGCUGUUGUUCAUCGUGGCCACCACGGGCAACAGGAUGACACACUGGCUACAGCCAGAAUCAACAUCCGAGCAGCCAGCAGAUGAAGAUCCAUCUUUGUCGCCGACACAACCCCUUUGGAGGGUGAAGAGGAUCGUGACGAAAACAUCUUCAGCGGCGUUGAAGGAUCGCACGGAUGCGGUGGAAGCGUCGGUGGAGCGAUCCAACACUCUCCGCUCCCACUUGGUGACGCUCAUCGGCAUGCUCCGCAAGGACGGAGGAUUCAGUGAUUCGGCUGGUGAUCGGGAUCCUACGUGGAAAGCUCAAGACAUCCGCCUGGCCACCCACCUGGUCGCCACUUACUAUUUACUCAAAGACAACGGCUUCAAACCGCCGCAAGCCGGGAGAAGAUUGAAAGGGAACAGUGAUGACGACCGUCUCCUUGAUUUCAUGGCCGCCUGCUUCGUUCUCUUCAGCCAAAAUUCUGGCUUCGUCCGGCUGCCGGAUACGAAGCCUUCGGAGGCCCAGCUGACGGCCGAAGAAGAAGAUGAUUGUUUGCGUGAACUGACAGCCCUCUUCUUUGUUCUAUCCAGCGGCGGUGAUGUGUUCAAAAUGCUUUCGUCGACCGUGGGCGCCAGAGAAGCUGGCGGAAACCUCAUCGAUCAACAAAGACUGGCAGUCGAUUUUUCUGUGAAGCUGAGUCAAGCCAAUGGUCUGAAAUUGCCAUUCAAAGGAUGCGGCGAGAAUCGCGAUGAAGGCAAGCGAGGUCAAAAUGACUGGCCAUGGAUGGUCGCCUUGUUGGCAUCGCAUCAAAACAACCGUCUCUUUUGCGGCGGAGUACUUAUCAACGAAUGGUUUGUUCUGACAGCCGCCCAUUGUUUGAACGACAAACGGACCGAAGAGGUGACAGUCAGGCUCGGAGAAUUCCACUUUCGAUGGCCAAGCCUCUCGCGACGCGAUCACGAGGUAGAAAGGAUCGAUAUCCACGAAAAAUUCAAUCCGAAAACUUUUGAUUACGAUAUCGCCAUCAUUAAACUUUCGGAGAAAGCCGACAUGCGGGAUAAAGCUGGAAAUAGCGGAAACAUCUGGCCCAUCUGCUUGCCACCACCGGGAGUUCAACUAGAGAGCAAGAACGCCUUUGUUGCUGGAUGGGGUAAGACGUCACAUGGCGGUUUCCCCAGUGAAGUUUUACUCGACGCCAAUCUACCUAUCUGGCGACGCAACGAAUGCGAACAAGUGUUUCACAUCAGAAGUGAUCCUAUCGACUAUCGAUACCAGUUCUGCGCCGGACCAAAAGACGGCGAAGAAGAUGCGUGCGAUGGCGACUCUGGAGGACCGCUCAUGUACAAAAUGGAAUCCGGUCGAUGGGCUGUGGUUGGAAUCGUUUCAUGGGGUAUUGACGGCAAAUGUGCAGUAGCUGGACAACCAGUAUUUAUACAAGAGUAUCGACAAUCUCCGAUUGGAUUGACAAAAUAUCAUCGAUUUGAUCGUUGAGACAAGUGAGAUACCCCUUAUAAAUCCAAUUUUUAAAAAACCUUGAAAAAUCAAGCUAUAGUUGUGAUAUAUAUAUUCUGCCUUGUGUAAAAUUGUUCACGUUAGAAUUCAGUAGAAUGUACUACUACCUGGACAGAAUAUUUAGGCUAAUUCAAGUUUAUUCUGUGUCCCGUGAAUAUUUAUAAUGAAGCACGGUUUACUAAAGCAAAAAAAACAAACAA